AUGGCCGCAUCCACCCUCUCCGUCUGCUCCGACUCCUCCUGGCAGGUGGAUGACUGUCCAGAGAGCUGCUGUGAGCCCUCCUGCUGUGUCCCCAGCUGCUGCCAGCCCACCUGCUGUGUCCCCAGCUGCUGCCAGCCCUCUUGUUGCACCUCCUGCCCCUGCCAGCAGGCCUGCUGUGUCUCUGUCUGCUGCAAGCCCGUGUGCUGCAAACCCGUCUGCUGCACACCUGUCUGCUGCACACCUGUCUGCUGCACACCUGUCUGCUGCAAGCCCAUGUGCUGCACACCUGUCUGCUGCAAGCCCGUCUGCUGCACAUCUGUCUGCUGCAAGCCCGUCUGCUGCACAUCUGUCUGCUGCAAGCCCCUGUGCUGUGUGCCUGUCUGCUCUGGGCCCUCCUCGUGCUGCCAGCCCACCCCCUGCACCUCAUCCUGCUGCAGACCCUCCUCCUGCGUGUCCCUCAUCUGCCGCCCCGUGUGCAGGCCUGCCUGCUGCGUGUCCACCUCCUCCUGCUGUGGCCCCACCUCCUCCUGCCAGCCCAGCUGCUGCCGCCCAUCCUCCUGCAUGUCCCUGCUCUGCCGCCCUGUGUGCUCCCGCCCGGCCUGCUGUGUCCCCACCUCAGCCCAGACUUCCUGCUGCUGA